CCCCCUAGUUUGUGAGUGCCACUAAUAAGUCAGUCGUGUGAAAAUUUUGAAAUUAACAUUUUGCACAAUUAUCAUUCCAGAAAUAACAAAAUUGCCCGUAAUAACAACUAUACAAUAAAAUCUGCUCUAAAAGUGUUCAACGAUAGUAAAAGAGCUACAGUACAAAAAACAACGAACUAGAAGAACAAGGACAAAAUUUCUGACACCUUUUAGGUGUUGGAAAUUUUCUUGACCCGUUUUCCAAGGAAGGAGUACAUUGGAUAUUUGCUACACAACCACCUCGUCAUCAUGGAUUCAUUAAUUCCUAUUGUUAACAAGCUCCAGGAUGCCUUCACACAACUGGGCGUUCAUAUGCAGUUGGAUCUGCCACAGAUCGCUGUAGUUGGUGGCCAAUCGGCCGGUAAAAGUUCAGUAUUGGAAAAUUUUGUGGGCAAAGAUUUUUUGCCUCGAGGUUCGGGUAUUGUUACCAGGCGUCCCUUGAUUUUACAAUUGAUUAACGGCAUUACGGAAUAUGGAGAAUUUUUACAUUGUAAAGGUAAAAAAUUCACAAGUUUCGAUGAAGUACGCAAAGAGAUUGAAGAUGAAACCGAUCGUGUUACUGGCAGUAACAAGGGUAUUUCAAAUAUUCCCAUUAAUCUGCGUGUGCAUUCGCCACAUGUCCUCAAUUUGACAUUGAUCGAUUUGCCUGGUUUGACCAAAGUGGCCAUUGGUGAUCAACCCGCUGAUAUUGAGCAACAGAUCCGCAACAUGAUCCUACAGUUCAUACGGAAAGAGACAUGUUUGAUAUUGGCUGUUACUCCAGCCAAUACAGAUUUGGCCAAUUCGGACGCUUUGAAAUUGGCCAAAGAGGUCGAUCCUCAGGGUAUACGUACCAUUGGUGUCAUAACAAAACUCGAUUUGAUGGACGAGGGCACAGAUGCGCGUGAUAUUCUGGAGAAUAAACUUUUGCCCCUACGUCGUGGCUAUAUUGGUGUGGUGAAUCGUUCCCAAAAAGACAUUGAUGGGCGCAAAGACAUCCAUAUGGCGCUGGCUGCUGAACGAAAAUUCUUCUUAAGUCAUCCAUCUUAUCGGCAUAUUGCCGAUCGUUUGGGAACACCCUAUUUGCAGCGUGUACUAAACCAGCAACUGACAAACCACAUUCGAGAUACAUUACCUGGGCUCAGGGAUAAAUUGCAAAAACAAAUGUUGGCCUUGGAAAAGGAUGUGCAGGAGUUUAAACAUUUCCAACCCGGAGAUACUAGUAUUAAAACAAAAGCUAUGCUACAAAUGAUUCAACAAUUACAAUCGGACUUUGAACGUACCAUUGAAGGAUCGGGCUCAGCUUUGGUGAAUACCAAUGAAUUAUCGGGAGGUGCUAAGAUAAAUCGUAUAUUCCAUGAGCGUCUACGCUUUGAAAUUGUAAAGAUGGCAUGUGACGAAAAGGAGUUGCGGCGAGAAAUUUCAUUUGCUAUUCGCAACAUCCAUGGUAUUCGCGUGGGCCUGUUCACACCUGACAUGGCUUUUGAGGCCAUCGUGAAACGUCAAAUUGCACAAUUAAAAGAACCCGUCAUCAAAUGUGUCGAUCUAGUCGUGCAGGAAUUGUCCGCCGUUGUGCGUUUAUGCACGGAUAAAAUGUCACGUUAUCCUCGUUUAAGAGAAGAAACCGAACGUAUUAUCACCACUCACAUACGAGAACGUGAACAAUUGUGCAAAGAACAGAUAUUGUUGCUUAUUGACUUCGAAUUAGCUUACAUGAAUACCAAUCAUGAAGAUUUCAUUGGUUUUGCCAAUGCCCAAAACAAAUCUGAAAAUGCUAAUAAAACUGGUACACGUCAACUUGGCAACCAAGUGAUUCGCAAGGGUCACAUGGUUAUACAAAACCUGGGAAUCAUGAAAGGUGGUUCACGUCCAUACUGGUUCGUAUUGACUUCGGAAAGCAUUUCCUGGUACAAAGAUGAAGACGAAAAAGAAAAGAAAUACAUGUUGCCAUUGGACGGUCUAAAAUUGAGAGACAUUGAACAAGGUUUCAUGUCAAUGUCAAGACGUGUAACAUUUGCAUUGUUCAGUCCAGACGGGCGAAAUCUUUACAAGGAUUAUAAACAACUUGAAUUGUCUUGUGAAACAGUUGAAGAUGUUGAAUCAUGGAAAGCAUCUUUCUUGCGUGCCGGUGUGUAUCCCGAAAAACAAGAAACUCAGGAAAAUGGGGACGAGGAAGGACGAGAGCAGGCCAGUGUUGAGACAUCAACCGAUCCUCAGUUGGAACGUCAGGUGGAAACUAUUCGCAAUUUAGUAGAUUCCUAUAUGAAGAUUGUCACAAAGACUACAAGAGAUAUGGUACCUAAGUCCAUAAUGAUGUUGAUUAUUAACAAUACAAAAGAUUUCAUAAACGGUGAACUUUUGGCCCAUCUGUAUGCCUCAGGAGAUCAAUCACAAAUGAUGGAAGAAUCAGCCGAAGCUGCAAGCAAACGUGAAGAAAUGUUGCGCAUGUAUCAUGCUUGCAAAGAUGCUCUGAGAAUUAUUGGUGAUGUUUCCAUGGCCACUGUAUCGGCUCCCUUGCCACCACCAGUGAAAAAUGACUGGCUACCAAGUGGGUUGGAUAAUCCACGUUUAUCUCCACCCAGCCCAGGUGGUCCCCGCAAACCAACACCAGUAGCUCAGCCUGCUGCCGGUGGCCGAGGUCCACCACCACCACCUGCUACUGGUCGACCAGCACCAGCAAUACCAAACCGCCCAGGCGGCGGUGCUCCACCAUUGCCAGGUGGCCGACCUGGCGGGGCUCUUCCACCACCACUAUUACCAUCACGUGUUACCGGAGCCGUUGGUAGUGCUAUAACACAACAGACUGGCGCCAAUCGUUAUAUUCCCGAAAGUAUGCGUGGCCAGGUUAAUCAGGCCGUCGGUCAAGCUGCCGUGAAUGAAUUGUCGAAUGUUUUCGCCCAACGUUUCAAUCGACCUGUGCCCAAUGCACCACCAAAACUACCUGAUCGACCCUCUUAUUACGGCAACACUACGAAUGGCCGCCCUUUCUAAGAAGCUGCCGUCGGCCAGAAGUCAAAUUCAGGAUGGCUGAAGUGAUUGGCUUUCACCGAAAGUAUAUACAUAUAUAAAUAUUUCAUAUAUGAAAUAAAAACAACAAAGAAACAAAAUUAUACAAAAUAAUAAACACCCCCAACCACACAUCAUACAGAAUUACGCUUGCAAGGCGCUUUAAUGCAACAAAUAUAGAGAUGAUUAAUUUUAAAUUAAUUAAAAGAAACACUGAAUUAUAUUUAAAACAAUAUUUAUAGUUAUAAUACACAGAGUAUAUAAAAACCAAUAUUUAUAAGGCUUUUUUUGUAACAAAACGCUAACAUUAAACGCACCCACGAAACGCACAAGAAAACAACAUUUACUUUAUAAGAUGAUAAAACAAAUGAAAUUUUUCCAAAAAAAAAUAAUAAAUAAUUUACUGCUAAAAAUGUAACUCAGUACGUAAAGAUCAAAUCUUUAAAUUCUAUAUAUAUAUAUAUAUAUAGACACAUAUUUUUUUUAUAAUUUAAAGUGUUUUGUUUGUUUUUCCAAACUUUUAUAUUUGUACAUACAUAAAUGAAUGAUGAGGUUUCUACAAUAAAAAAGGAUAAAUCUAAUUUAAAAUGAAA